AUGGAAUCUUCAGGUGAUCCCGCUACUCCAAAUACUCAGUCGGAUACUGCCGUUGAUCAAAACACUGGAGAUAUGAUGGAGCGUCCUGUCGCUUUGUCCGCACGAUUAAGGGAGCAUCUUCGGAACUUAAGUAUCACCGGUGAAUCAGAAAAUCCAUUUGCCAUUUCUUUCGAGGAUGUUGCUGCCGCGUCAUUCCGAAUCCGGAAAGGAAUUGUGAGGACACCAUGCGAGAAAACAAGAAUUUCUGAACUUGAGGACAUAGAGCUGUACUUUAAGAAAGAGUUCACGCACGUGACUGGAAGUUUCAAGGAACGCGGAGCAAGGAAUACGCUGCUUCUUCUAACGGAGGAACAAAAAGAAAAGGGAGUAAUUGCUGCGUCAGCUGGUAACCAUGCUCUUGCUUUAGCGUACCAUGGACAGGCUUUAAAUAUUCCGGUAACUGUAGUUAUGCCAGAGAAUUGCACCAUUGUGAAGGAAAUGAAAUGUCGAAGUUAUGGAGCCAAGGUCUUAAAUAAAGGACACAACCUCGCCGAGGCAAAGGAUUUUGCAGUGAAACUUGCAAGAGAAGAAGGUUUGAUGUAUGUGAACGGGUACGACCAUCCUCAUAUUCUCGCUGGACAGGGCACAAUUGGACUAGAAAUUCUUGAGCAGGUUGAUGACGUCGACGCCAUAAUCGUUCCUGUUGGUGGUGGAGGAUUGAUUGCAGGAAUUGCAGUUGCAAUAAAAAGUCUAUAUCCACGGUGUCAAAUAAUUGGAGUUGAAUCCGAAAUGUGUCCAAGUUUCAAAGCAGCUUUAGAUGCUGGUAAACCAGUCAAAAUUGACGCUCAUCACGCAUUGACACUAGCAGAUGGGUUGUGCGUGCCAAAGGUUGGUAAAAACGCCUUCGAAAUUGCUAAGAACUACGUGGACAAGACCGUGAUUGUGAGUGAGGAUUACAUUGGAAUAGCGGUGCUUAGAUUGAUGGAAUAUGAAAGAGCAAUAGUCGAAGGGGCAGGAGCUUCAGGGCUUGCUGCACUUUUAGCUGGGCUUCUUCCAGAGUUGAGAGGGAAAAGAGUUGUUAUUCCAUUGUGUGGAGGAAACAUUGAUCCAACUGUGCUUGGUCGUUGCAUUGAAAGAGGUUUAUCAUCUGAUGGUCGACUCAUUCGUUUCAUUGUUAAUGUUAAAGACAGACCAGGUGGAAUUGCUGAAUUAGCCCAACUUAUAUCGUCCAUUGGUGUAAGCAUUAAAGAUUUCUACCACGAACGAGCUUGGAUGACUUCAGGCAUAUUUAGCGUUCAGAUCAAAAUAAUCGCAGAAGUACGAAACCGAGAACAUGGAAUAGACCUGAGAAGAUUGCUGAACAAUCGCUAUGGGGACGAUCUAAUGUGGAACACCGACCAUACAGCGACCUACACACACUAGCUCUACGUGAUCACUAUACCGCGCGCAUUUGCU